AUGAUCGUCUCCGAUCUCGACAAAGAUGAUCGGCUAACAAAUGUUGUACAUGAGCAACUUCUUCGUCGUCUUAUCGGUUGGGUCGAAGUACCAUUUUCUACCGUAUAUGGAAAAGGAAAAGUGGAUGGAUGGUUACGGAUUCAUCGACCGCUGUUCUUUACUGGAUACAGUAUGCCCGAUCGUCCAUCGUAUCUCAAAGUGUUGAUUGCAUUCGACCCACCGAUGGUCCCACCACGAAUCCAACCACCACGUCGUGCGGAAUCGGUCGAAAACGAUAGGAUUUUGGCUCAGUGCCAAGCAUGGUCGAAAGCUUGUAGUGCUGUUCACGAUUCUCGUCGAUACACUGCACUCGUCACCGAUAUCAACGGGAAAACUGUGCUCGCUUGCAGGUUCCUUGCUCCGGUACUACCGCCACCGUCAGUGCCGCAGCCUGGCGCGAAUCCACGGGGUUCAGUGGAUGUGGCCGUGAGACUUGUCAGCCAAAUACCGUUCGUCACCGAUCCGGCACUGUUCCCAGGAUCAACCGACCUUUGGACAACAAAUGAAAAGUUUUUAUCCCUCGGUUGCGGUGACGAGGAGGAACAUGCGGUGCUGCUGUGUUGUUGGCUACUUUCACUACAAAUCCCGAGCUGUCUAGUGCUAGGAUUCGCCCUCCCAGAAGGUUCUAAAGCUGCUUAUGUGUUUAUCAAUCUUCCGGAUGGUUUGUAUUUAGUGAAUCCAUGCGAUGGAUCUGUCUACGGAUCAACGGAUGCAAUGUGUCCGUUGGUUUCCGUAGGGACAGUGAUCACAUCGAAAAACGUGUACGGUAACAUACAGUCACACAGUCAUCCAAGUCAACUUCAGUUCGAUUUAAAAAAGUCCAGCGACUGGAAGCCUUUGUUUGAUCGCGAAUCGGACGAAAUCCAAUCGAUACAGGCAUCAUCUCUAUCGUAUGCAGAGGUUUCGGAAGAUGCGUUAGUGGAAUUACGAUCAUCGAUCGAACGAGAGAUCAAACUACGUUUCGAUGAGGCAAGAAAAUACGGGAUUCCACAAUGGAAUCUAAUGGCAUCCAGGCUCCUCCGGGAAAUCCUCCAAGAUGACCAAGGAUCGCUGGAUGCACGUCUUGCACGUCUACGAGACAGUUAUACGGUGACCGUAACUGCAAUAACUAUACCCUACAGAAAUGUACAGGAGUGUGCAGCAGCGGUGCUUCGUUGUGGAUUGCACAGCACGACGUCGACAUCGUCACAAUUUGCCUUAGCCGUUCAUCUUCAGCCCGUAUUUGGACACGUGCUCGGUUGCAGCAUAGCGAUCGCUUUGCUCACACUUCGAAUGUGA